AGGGGUGUGGCCGUGUGACCUCGGCCGCGAUGCCUUCCCCCCAGCGCCUGGCCGGCCGUGACCGCUGCCUCCUACCCCCUCCCGACCCCAGAGGCUGCGCCGGCCCUCCCGGAGGUGGUGGACCCUGCCCAGGUCCGAGUCGUCGGGGUGGCCGCUGUCACCGGCACGGGUGGAAGAGUGCGGAGGGCACGGAGCCGGGCAGGGAAGCUGGGGAGCCUUCCAGACCCCGACAGCCACUGGCGGACCCCAGGGCCAACGCUCCCUGGGCUCGCACUUGGCCUGCAGCCAGUGAGCUGUGUGGCGCUGGGCAGAGCACCCAGCAUGGGCACCCCAGCCUCUGUGGUCAGCGAGCCGCCCCCGUGGAAGCCCCCAACAGAAGUGCGGGACCGCAAGCAGGCCUCGGCCAACAUCUUCCAGGAUGCGGAGCUGCUGCAGAUCCAGGGCCUGUUUCAGCGCAGCGGGGACCAGCUGGCCAAGGAGCGUGCCCAGAUUAUCUGGGAGUGCGCUGGGGAGCACCGGGUGGCAGAGGCCCUGAGGCGGCUGCGCAGAAAGAAGCCUCCUAGGCAGAAACUGCUGGGCCACUCGCUGCACCCCUGCAGCAGGCUCCGGAUCCCAGAACCCCGCUCUCCACUGGCCAACCCACAGAGCCAUACCACAGAGACGGCCUCCGGUGAGCAGCAGCCGAUCGUCCGGAGGACAAGUGCUAGGAUCCGCCAGAACUGGGCCAAGCCCGGCCCCACAGGCUACCUCCACCAGAUCAGGCACUGAGGCAGGGAAGGGGCCGGGAAUGGCAGUGGCUUCCCCAGGAAUCACAGCGACCUUUGCCCAAGGGCCUGGGGAGGUGAAGAGGAAGAGACCUGGGGCGGGCAAGCCUACCUGAAAAACCCAAAGGAAGAGACCGCUGCCACUGGCCUGCUCCUUGGAGAGUAGAAGGUGUCCAUUUGGCUUGGUUCAGUGGGGUCUGAUCCUCACCUAGAUGAGGAAGACCAGUGACUGUCCCUGCCUCAGCACUUCCUUACCUAACACUGUACUGGGGCUGCAUGACCUUCCCUGGGAGCCGAGUGGCAGGCUCUUGGACGCAGUAUCUCACUACUUCUGCUACUGAUCCACCUGCUGCUACUGUAACCCAUGAGCUAGCAGCUUGUCCCAUAGCCGAGCACCGUCAGACCAGCACAAGGGAGCUGUGGUGUAAAUGGCGAACAAAAAUAUUUAUAUCAAGA